AUGGUAUGGUCAAUCUCAGAUCUUAAAGGUAUAAUUCCAACAUAUUGCAUGCACAAGAUAUUCAUGGAAGAUGAUUACAAACCAGUUGCUCAACUACAGAGGAGGCUCAAUCUAGUGAUGAAGGAGGAAGUGAGGAAAGAAGUGUUAAAGUUACUUGAAGGUGGCAUUAUUUAUCCUAUUUCUGACAGUGCAUGGCAAGGAUCACUUUCCCCUUCCUUUUAUGGAUCAGAUGCUGGAGAGAUUGUCAGAAGAUUUAUCAAAGAUUUUUCAAAGAUUGCAAAACCACUAAGUAACCUCCUUGUCAAGGACGCACCCUUUGUGAUGAAUGAUGAAUGCCUUCAGGCAUUUGAUAUUUUGAAGAAAAAAAUGAUUUCUGCCCCACUAAUUGUAGCUCCUGAUUGGAACCAAGAUUUUGAGCUGAUGUGUGAUGCCAGUAAUUAUGCUAUAGGAGUUGUCCUUGGCGAGAGAAGAGAAAAGUGUCAAAGGACAAGUAAUAUCUCCAAACGGCAUGAGAUGCCACCACUACAAAGCAUAUUAGAAGUGGAAGUUUUUGAUUGUUGGGACAUAGAUUUUGUUGGACCUUUUCCACCCUCUUUUAAUAAUGAGUAUAUCCUGGUGGCUGUGGAUUAUGUGAGCAAAUGGGUGGAGGCCCUAACCUGUCCCAAGAAUGAUUCCAAAACUGUCAUCAAAUUUUUGAAAAGACAAAUUUGCUUCCGGUUUGGAACACCCAGAGUACUCAUUAGUGAUGGAGGAUCUCAUUUUUGCGAUUUUCAACUGGCAAGGGUACUCAAGCAUUAUGGUGUGAGACACAAGGUAGCUACACCGUAUCAUCCACAAACAAACGAGCAAGCUGAGGUUUCCAACAGGGAGAUAAAAGGAAUUUUAGAAAAGACAGUGGCUUCAUCAAGAAAAAAUUGGUCUCAAAAGUUGGAUGAUGCCCUUUUGGCAUACAAAACUGCAAUGAAGACAGCUAUUGAAUUAUCUCCUUUUCAAAUGGUUUAUGGAAAGGCAUGCCACCUUCUAGUGGAGAUGGAAAAUCGGGCUCAGUGGGCUUUAAAAUUCUUGAAUUAUGAUCCUUGUGACACUACAGAAAAGAGGAAAAGGCAAAUUAUUGAGCUUGAGGAGAUGCGGCUGCACGCCUAUGAUUCUUCAAAGAAUUACAAAGAAAAGGUGAAAUUUUAUCAUGACAAGAAGCUGGUAAAGAAAGUCUUUCAUCCAGGACAGCAGUUGAAGUCCAAGUGGUAUGGUUCAUUUAUGAUCAAGAAUGUUCUUCCACAUGGAGCAGUUGAGUUAACAGAUCCAACAUCUGAAGAUCCACAAAGAAGUUGGGUUGUCAAUGGUUAA